GGGGAGCCUGGUAGGCCCAGAGCCGGGUCGCCAGAGCCCCGCCAGCCGCCGCUAGAGCCGGGUCUGGGUUUACGACACGUAUAUACCUGGCAGUGGGAGCCGUUUUGCUUUACGGCAGCGACGAGAAGGCGACCUGAGGUUCGGGGAGAGCGGCAGCCGGGGCGGCGGCCUCCCCCUGUCCCCACUCCGGAGGUCUGAGCGCCCGGGACCCGUCGGGACGGGUGCUUUCGAGGCCGGCUGUGAGAAUGGCCGAGGAAGCCCCGGUUCCCCAGUAGCCUGUGCCCGCUCGCCAGAACCUCGAUCGGGCAGCUGAAACCAACCCUACUUUGGACAUGGGAAGAUGCCCCUACGUGUGAAAUGGCCUUUCCCCUCAGUGCCUCCUCUGUCAUGGACUCUGGCCAGCAGCGUGGUCAUGGGGCUCGUGGGUACCUACAGCUGCUUCUGGACCAAGUACAUGAACAGUCUUAAUGUGCACAACAAGGAGGUGCUGUAUGAACUGAUCGAGAAUCGAGAUCCUGGCACGCCGCUAAUUACUGUCUCCAAUCACCAGUCCUGUAUGGAUGACCCACACCUCUGGGGGAUCCUGAAACUCCGCCACAUCUGGAACCUGAGGCUGAUGAGGUGGACCCCAGCAGCUGCAGAUAUCUGUUUCACCAAGGAACUGCAUUCUCAUUUCUUCAGUUUGGGAAAGUGUGUCCCCGUGUGCCGAGGGGAUGGCGUUUACCAGAGAGGGAUGGACUUCAUCCUGGAGAAACUCAACAACGGGGACUGGGUCCACAUCUUCCCUGAAGGAAAAGUGAACAUGAGCCAGGAGUUUCUUCGCUUUAAGUGGGGAAUAGGGCGCCUGAUUGCCGAGUGUCACCUCAACCCCAUUAUCCUUCCGCUCUGGCACAUUGGAAUGAGUGAUGUGCUUCCCAACGCUCCGCCCUAUUUCCCCCGAUUUGGCCAGAAAAUCACCGUGCUCAUUGGGAAGCCAUUCAGCGCCAUGCCUGUUCUUGAACGUCUCCGAUCUGAAAAUAAGUCAGCAGUGGAAAUGCGCAAAGCCCUGACGGAUUUUAUCCAGGAUGAGUUUCAGAGCCUCAAAGCACAGGCAGAAUCACUGCACAACCACUUCCAGCCCGCGAGUUAGCCCAGAGGCUCCCCCGGCCGGAGCUGGUUCCCAGGGAGGCUCCCGCUCCACCAAGGCUCUCCCGCGCCACUCCGGCCCGCCCGCUUGUCUCGCUGGGUCGCUCGUCGUCUUCCUUCCAUGGUCUUCCAGGGGAAGGUUCCGUGCUCCAGCCUCAAGGGCUGAGAGUGCGCCCUUCCUCCCCCUAGUCCCACUCUCUCAGUGGCAGCUCAGGGCAGCUAGCACCUUGGGUCAAGAGGUGAACCAAGCACAGGGAGCCAAGAAUAGGUCGCUUCCCUUCCAGAUGCCAUGUCUCACCUUGGCCAGUGCAUGGGGGAUACAUGUCAAGCCGGGAAGCUAAGAAGUCAGGUAAAGGCUUCGGUUUUAUCCUUUUUAGACCCCAAGUUUCACCUUGGAUCUUCCUUCUCAGGGCUCCCCGGUGGGAUGCCCAUCCCUUCUGUUUUCCCUGAUAGAGCAGCAGUCCCUCUUAGCAUGUGCCAAAACUUUUUCCGGUCUCUGGUGCAAAUCAAUGAAACGAUGGCCUGGAAGGAGUGGGGCGGUUAUGCGGCUCACUGUGAUUGAGGGGUGGAGGGGAGCAGAGUGUCCCCGUCUAGGGGCUUGUCUGCUUUGCCUUUGCUCUUUUGAGCAGCAUUUAGCUGCCUGUGGGGGUGCAUUCUAGGUACCUCCCCACCCCCCUGAGAAAAACCCACUCAAAGUUCCCAUUUUCAGUGGAACAUUCUCAUGUGCUUAUGGGACAGUUAACACCUAGAACCCUCUUCAGAGUUCUUAUAGCCCAGGUGAUCUGAGGCUGGGGCAGUUGUUCCUUUUUACUUUUUUAUCUGCGAGAGAAUGUUUUGCAUUCUGCUCUACCAGCCGAUAGUGGAGACUGAGGAGUGCUAGGAUGCUAGAUCUGUGAGGAUCCUUAACAGUCAGAAUGACUCUCCCGGGGUUGUGAUUUGGGUUGGUGGGAAUAUCUUUGCCCAUACCGAAAAUCAUGGAACAAACUUGAAAUAUCAAAGUAUCCUUAUAUAUAAGGGAGAGGCAGGCUGCUUCUAGAUGCCCCCAGAAAACAUUCACUCUUUUCUUUUUUCCUUGUGGCCAAAACUUAAUUGAGGCAGAGCCUUCAAGCCUGCACCAGCUGGGGCUGAACAGAAUCACACUCCUUUGCAUCCCAGGGGGGUCUCGGUGUAGUCUAGUUACUCCUCUGCCUGGCCGCCCCAAGGCUGUGGCGGCCUUCUCUCUUUUCUUUCCCCACGGGCUUCUCUUUCACGCCUCUAAAGUUUUUGAUAGAUUUUUAACAAUAAAGUCUGUGUCUAUGCUGUGGCUCCACCCA